GUGUCUGGAGGGGAGGACUCGGGAGCGCGACCAGCCGAGGGAUCGAUCGGAUUAAACUCGAUUUGAGUGAAAUUAACACAAAGGAGAGAAGAGCAACGCACACUUGUCGGCGAGGUCGAGGAUGCGAGACACGCCGGAGAAAUAUUUGAUGAUUAACAAAACUUGAACUUUUUUCCUCUGUUUAUUUAUAUUUCAAACGGAAAAGGACCACGGUGGAUUUUUUUCAAGCCAGCGGAGAUACUCUACUAACGAGGAGUUGAUUUGAUAAAAAGCCCGAAGUGACCGAGCUUGUUGGGAACUAGGACCAUGGAAUAGCAAGCUUCAUAUUAGCAGCUAGCUGAUUAGCUCAUCACUGCACAGCACAACUCCCUCCAUCUGUUGGCCCCCCCUCACAGCCAUGGCGGACCCGGGGAUGUUGAGUUUGUUUGGGGACGAUGCAGGGUUGUUCUCUGAUGGAUUAGACGGUUUAGGAGACUGCUUUCCUCAGCAGCCGGCCCCUGCGCAAUCCAACCCUUUAGCCCAGCAAAAUAAUCCCUCUCUGAACCAUGAGCACCAGGGAAACAGGGGCUACCACCAAGGGAUGAUCCACAGUGGCGGGCCCGGACCAGGGCAGCCUAAACUGGGACAAAUGUAUGACCAUGGCCCCUACACGGGCUACGAUCAACCUGGUGCCGCCGCCGCAGGACGAAUGAUGUCCCCGAACGGUCCAAGCCAGGGGCCACCUAACGUGAACACGGCAAUGAAUGGCUUGGCUUCCCACUACCAUAAUAACCCAGCUAACUCUGGCAGCAGCCACCAUGGGUACCCGGGUGAUGCUGCAGGAGGGAGUGGGGCUGCUGUCUGGGGCCAGCAGCAGCAGCAGCCGCCAACGAGCAGAUCAGCCUAUCAGCAGCCUCCUGCACAACCUGGGGCUGGCCCCAAUCAGCUGGGGGGCUACCAGAUGUCUCAAGGCAACUAUGGUGGGAUGCAAGGCCCCCCCACACCAAAUGCAGCUCGCAUGAACCAACACUACCCUUCACAGGGCAUGGCAAAUCCCCCACAGAGCAUGGCACAACCCACCGCUCAGGACCCAGCACACUACCUGGGACAUGUUGGAAUGGGGGGGGCCCAGAUGCGUCAUCCCCAGCCCCAGUCACAACCCCAGGGCUAUCCCAACAUGGGCCACACAUCCCGGUUCCCACACUCCCCCUCCCGACAGCCUUCACACCAGCACCAGCCAGGUAUGGCAGGGUUUGGGGGCGGCCAGUACCCCGGCUAUCAGGCACAGUACGGAGCCAUGGGACCCGGGAUGGGUCAGGGUGCUAAUGUCAAUGCUAACACCAGCCAGGCCAUGGGACCAGGGCAGCUCGGUCAGAGGUUUACCCAGGGAUCAGUCCCAGCAGCUGGCCAACCAGGGCAGCGAUACCCCCCCGCACCAGCACACCAACCCCAGCCCCAUCAGGCCCUCUCUGCCCAGAUGCAGCAGCCAGGGCAGCAGGGGCAGCCUAUGCACCCCCAGAAUCUUCCCCAGGCCCAAAACCAGCCCCACCUUGCCCCCCCAGCUCAGGGAUCUUACUCCUCCCCUUCAUCCAUGUCCCCCAUGAGGGUUUUGGGGACCCCGACACCACCUCCCCAACAAGGCAGGCCCCCUAGCGCAGGACUAGCCGCACCCCCAGAGACUUCAGGCUACACAGCCCUGCAGCCUACACCCAACGCUUUGACCCAGAGGACUCCCCAAAUCCCUCUGUCUACUCCACACCCCCAACACCAGCAGCCCCACAACAUGCCCCCCAAUGCUGGGCAAAUGUAUCCUGGCAUGGGGCCGCAGCGUGGUCCUCAAAUAGGGCCAAAUAUGCCUCAGCUCCAGCAAGGGCCACAUGAAGCUCCAGUCAGCCAGGGGGGGGACCAGCGUUUGCUCCAGACCCCGCAGCAGCCCCCUCGCAGCGGGCAGCCCCUGCAGGCCCCUUCCAUGGGCCCGCAUGGAGUUCCGGCCCUAAACCAGGGCUUGGCACCACCCACCCAGAACGCUCAGACCCAGCCCACACACAUGCCACACCACCUGCAGAGCACACCUCCUGCAACCAACACGGCCUCCCACCCAUGGGUGCCUCCCGCCUCCCACCCGCUCUCAUCACCCCCUCACACCCCACAGAAAGUGCCUCACGUACAGCAUUCCCCCACCGACCCCUCACUGGUUCCUGAAAUGCCGACAGUCGGUGGCGGCCCCCCCGGCCAGCCUAUCAGCACAGAGCAGCCCAGCGACCAGGAGACCAAGCCAAAAAAGAAAAGGAAGAAGAAAGCUAAAGUAGUGGAUGGACAGGAGGAAGAGGGAGGGAAGAAGAAGAAGGCAGCGACGGGAGAAGCCGGAGGAGAGGAGGACGUACAGUCGGAACUCCCCGGAGCAGGAAGUGAUGCGGGUGAACAGGUUACUGGCACAGGAAAGGUAGAGGGAAGUUCACCACUGGUGGAGGAGAAGAAGAAACGCAAAAAGAAACCAAAGGAGAAGGCAGAGGGAAAAGAGGACAAAGAGCCCAAGACCCCGAAGACGCCCAAAACACCCAAGACCCCCAAAGAGCCCAAGGAGCCUAAGGAGCCCAGGGAGAAGAAAACCAAGAUCUCCACGCCCAAGACAAAGACCCCCAAGAAAACCAGCAGUAAGAAGGCUGAGUCUGAGGGUGGGGCUAGCGCUGCUAAGAAGGAAUCCAAGAGGAAGAGAGAGCCGUCAGUCAGCGAUGAGGUGGAGGUGAAGUCUCCGCCCCCCUCAGCUCCUGAAGAUGACGACGAUGACGGCGUACAGAAGCGCCGUUCCAGCCGUCAGGUGAAGAGGAAGAGGUACACGGAGGAUCUGGAGUUCAAGAUCACAGACGAUGACAGCGGCGACGACUCGACAACACCCAAGUCUCCAUCGUCGUCACAGCAACAGGAUGUGGCCGAGGUUGAAGGGCCCGUUGUGGAAAAGAUCAUGGUCAAACGCAUCACCAAGAAACAGCUGGAGUCGGGGGAGGAAGUGGAGGUGGAGGAAUUCUACGUCAAGUUCAAGGGCUUUUCAUACCUCCACUGCCGCUGGGCAGACCUGGAGGAGCUGGAGAAGGACAAGAGGAUACACCAAAAGGUCAAGAGGUUCAGGGCCAAGCAGCUGCUCCUCAACAGCUUCAUAACAGAGAUGGACGACGAGCCUUUUAACCCCGACUACGUGGAGGUGGACCGUGUCCUGGACGUUUCAGAGAGCCCAGAUGAAAACGAAGAGACGGUGACCUUAUAUCUGGUUAAAUGGUGCAGCCUGCCUUACGAAGACUCCACCUGGGAGCUGAAGGCCGACAUCGACCAGUCCAAGAUAGACGACUACGAACUCAUCGCAGCACGCACACCCAACACUAAGAGAGUGGAACGGCCCCCUGCAGCCGAAUGGAAGAAGCUGGAGGGGGCCAUGGAUUACAGGAACAGCAACGAACUCAGGGAGUACCAGCUGGAAGGCCUCAACUGGCUCACCUUCAACUGGUACAACUCACGUAACUGUAUCUUGGCUGACGAGAUGGGUCUAGGAAAGACCAUCCAGUCUAUUACAUUCCUCUUUGAGAUUUUCAAGAUGGGCAUCCAGGGGCCGUUCUUGGUCAUCGCCCCGCUCUCCACCAUCCCCAACUGGGAGAGAGAGUUCCGCACCUGGACGGAGCUGAACGCUGUGGUGUACCACGGCAGCCAGGCCAGCCGCAAGACCAUCCAGGCCUACGAGAUGUACCACCGAGACUCACAGGGUAAAGUAAUAAAGGGAGCGUACCGGUUCCACGCUGUGAUAACGACCUUCGAGAUGAUUCUGACUGACUGUCCGGAGCUGCGCAACGUGAAUUGGCGCUGUGUGGUGAUAGACGAAGCCCACCGCCUCAAAAACCGAAACUGCAAGCUACUGGAAGGACUUAAAAUGAUGGACAUGGAGCACAAAGUCCUGCUGACAGGGACUCCUCUCCAGAACACGGUGGAGGAGCUCUUCAGCUUACUCAACUUCCUGGAGCCCGAGCGCUUCCCCUCUGAACUGACAUUCAUGAGUGAAUUUGGAGACCUAAAGACUGAAGAGCAGGUCCAGAAACUGCAGGCCAUUCUGAAGCCCAUGAUGCUGAGAAGACUGAAGGAGGAUGUGGAGAAGAACCUGGCCCCCAAGGAGGAGACCAUCAUAGAGGUGGAGCUGACCAACAUGCAGAAGAAAUACUAUCGGGCCAUUCUGGAGAAGAAUUUCACUUUCCUGUCCAAAGGAGGAGCAGGUGGAGGAGCAGGAGUCCCCAACCUCCUCAACACCAUGAUGGAGCUGAGGAAAUGCUGCAACCACCCAUACCUCAUUACUGGAGCGGAGGAGAAGAUUGCGGAGGAGUUCAGGGAAUCCCACGGUGGCCGGGCAGACAUGCCUGACAUGGCCCUCCAAGCCAUGGUGCAGGCUGCUGGCAAGCUGGUGCUCAUCGACAAGCUGCUCCCCAAACUGAAGGCGGGGGGCCACAGAGUGCUGGUGUUCAGUCAGAUGGUGCGCUGCCUGGACAUUCUGGAGGACUACCUCAUCCAGAAACGAUAUCCUUAUGAGCGUAUAGACGGCAGAGUGCGUGGUAACCUACGUCAGGCUGCCAUCGACCGCUUCUCCAAACCUGACUCGGACCGCUUCGUGUUCCUUCUGUGCACGAGGGCCGGGGGCCUAGGCAUCAACCUGACGGCAGCCGACACCUGCAUCAUCUUCGACUCUGACUGGAACCCUCAGAACGACCUGCAGGCCCAGGCCAGGUGUCAUCGUAUUGGCCAGUCCAAGGCGGUGAAGAUCUACCGGCUGAUCACCAGGAACAGCUACGAGAGGGAGAUGUUCGACAAGGCCAGUCUGAAGCUAGGGCUCGAUAAGGCCGUUUUGCAGAGCAUGAGCGGACGAGAGAACAGCAACAGCGGGCAGUUGUCCAAGAAGGAGGUUGAGGACCUGCUGAGGAAGGGAGCGUACGGAGCUUUGAUGGACGAGGAAGACGAGGGAUCAAAGUUCUGUGAGGAAGACAUCGACCAGAUCCUCCAGAGACGAACACACACCAUCACCAUCGAGUCCGAGGGCAAGGGCUCUACCUUUGCUAAGGCCAGUUUUGUUGCAGCUGGUAACCGAACAGACAUUUCUCUGGAGGACCCAGACUUCUGGCAGAAAUGGGCCAAGAAGGCUGAGCUGGACAUGGAUGCCAUGAAUGGACGGAACACGCUGGUGAUCGACACACCGAGGGUGAGGAAGCAGACCCGGCACUUCAGCAGCGCCAAAGAGGACGAAAUGCUCGAGUUCUCGGAGCUGGAGAGUGAAGACGACGAACCGAGCCGACCCUCGUCCAAACCGCGACGGCCCCAAGACAAAGCCCAGGGGUACCCCCGAUCUGAGUGCUUCCGAGUGGAGAAGAACCUGCUGGUCUACGGGUGGGGUAGGUGGAAUGACAUCCUGGCUCACGGUCGCUUCAAACGGCCCCUGAAGGAGUCGGAUGUGGAGAAGAUCUGCAGAGCGCUGCUGGCCUACUGCCUGCUGCAUUACCGUGGAGACGAGAACAUCAAGAGCUUCAUCUGGGACCUGAUCAACCCCAGUGAGGACGGGACCACCAAGCUGCUGACCAACCACUCCGGUCUCUCUACUCCAGUCCCUCGGGGCAGGAAGGGCAAGAAGGGGAAGCCCGCGGCUCCGACUCCGCAGACGCCAAGAGCUGAUUGGCUGGCCAGCUGCAACCCUGACCACAUCUUGCAGGAGGACAGCUACAAGAGACAUCUGAAACACCACUGUAACAAGGUGCUGCUGAGGGUGAGGAUGCUGUACUAUCUGCGUCAGGAAGUCAUCGGCGAUCAGGCCGAACGCAUUCUGGAAGGCGCUGACUCCAGUGAGCUGGAUAUCUGGAUUCCGCAGCCGUUCCACGCCGAGGUCCCGGCUGACUGGUGGGACAGCGAGGCCGACAGAUCCCUGCUGCUCGGUGUCUUCAAACACGGCUAUGAGAAGUACAACUCGAUGCGAGCGGACGCCGCCCUGUGUUUCUUGGAGAGGGUGGGCAUGCCGGAUGCCAAGGCCAUCGCAGCGGAGCAGAGGAGCUCUGACAUGAUGACAGAUGGUGUGGAUGGUGAGGAUGAGGAUCCUGAGUACAAGCCCCUGCGUAUGCCUUUUAAAGAUGACAUGGAUGACUUCACCAACUCUCCCCUGGAUGACACUGUGGAAGGGGACGCUGAAGCUAAAUCAGGUGAGAAUGGUCAAAGUGGAUCUGCUCUGGGCGGAGCUUCGGGCUCCAACGAGCGACUCUAUUGGCCGGCCGCCUCGGCUCUGACUGCCCGUCUGCGCCGCCUCAUCACGGCCUACCAGCGCUCCAACCGCAGGGAGCAGCUCCGCCAGGAGGCUGUCAACCGGCCCGACGGGCGCAGGCGGCGGCGCAGGGACUUCCUGCCUGCCAUCGGCAUGGUUACCGACACAGGAGGAGGGGGGGCAGCCUAUAUCCAAGAUGGAGCAGGGGUGUUCAUGACGGAAGGAAGCCCGUAUAUGGCUAAAGGAAGUGCCUACUUUGCCAAAGGUGGGCAGUUCAUGGCAGAGGCGUCACCGGUGAUGACUGCCAGCUCCCUGAUGCCUGAUGGAGCCAUGUACUACAAGGAGAGGAGACAAAGAUGGACUCGUCGUGAGGAGGCAGAUUUCUACCGUGUGGUGUCCACCUUCGGGGUCGUCUUUGACACUCAGCGUCAGAAAUUUGACUGGGCUCAGUUCAGGGCCUUUGCUCGACUGGACAAGAAAACAGAUGAGAGCUUGGAGAAAUAUUACUACUCGUUCAUUGCCAUGUGUAAGCGGGUCUGCAGAAUGCAGAACAAGAGUGAAGCGCAACUCCCAGACCCCACCCUGAUCAUCGACCCGAUCACAGAGGAGCGCGCCUCCCGCACCCUGUACCGCAUCGAGCUGCUGCGGCGCAUCCGGGAACAGGUCCUCCCCCACCCGCUGCUCUCUGAGCGCCUCAAGCUCUGCCAGUCCUCCCCUGACCUCCCGGAGUGGUGGGAGAGCGGCCGCCAUGACCACGACCUCAUCCUGGGGGCCUCUAAGCACGGAGUCAGUCGCACAGAUUAUCACAUUCUAAACGACCCCACCUUGGCCUUCCUGGAUGCUCACCAGCGUUCCACCAGCCAGAGAGGGGGAGUCAAGGGAGAGACCACCAAAGCGGGGAUGGGAGCACCGGACACUACCGGACCUCUCCUCACCUCUGAAGAGCUGGCCAGCGCCGCAGCAGCUGCGACGAUUGCUAUGAAUGCAGCUAAAGAAGAGGAGGAGGAGGAGGAAGAAGAAGAAGGGAAGGAGGUGAAGACAGAGGUCAAAAUGGAAACGGAGCAAGGAGACGCUAACAACAUUCCAUGUAGGAAGAGUGAAACUCCUGAGGAGCAGAAGGAAAAUGAGGCAGAGGUCAGAGAAGGGAAAGAGGACAUUGCUGCGUCGCCCAAAGAGGAGGAGAAGUCCCAGCCCAAAGUAGAAGAAGAGGAGCAGGAAGAGCUGAAAGAGGAGCCCAGUGCAGAGGGAGAGGAGAGUUCCAAACUAGCAGAGGACGAAGAAGAGGAGGUACCAGAAGAGAAGAAGAGUCUGACUCCUGCUGACUCUCCCACCGCUGAGCUCACAGAACACCCCCCCCCCUCUCCUAAAGCACAACCCGAGCACAAACCUGCAGAGAAAGAGGAGACUGAGGUGAACCCAGAGUCUCCUAAAUCUCCAAAGUCAGCUGACACAGAGAAAAGCCCAGAGGACGAGGAGGAAGAGAGGAUGGAUGAAGAUGACAAAUCAGAGAAAUCCUCUCAGGCUGAAGCGAGCGCUGCAUCAGAGCAGAAGAACUUUGAUGAGGAGAGCAUUGCCUCUCUGAGCACGUCUGCCCAGAACGAAACCAGAGAUGGCUUCUGCCCCGACGACCUGCCGGAGACCACAGCACUGCACGCCUUACAGGAGCGAGCCUACGCCUUCUCAUUCUGGCCCAAGGACCGACUGAUGAUCAACAGGAUGGAUAACAUCUGUGAGACUGUCCUGAAGGGCAAGUGGCCUGUCAACAGACGCCACAUCUUCGACUUCCCCGGCAACCUGUUGCCAGGGCAGAGCUCCGCCCUCCCAACAGCGGCCGCCGCCACAGUGACCGAGAGCCCGCUGCAGAGGCGGAGCCUCGCCGAGCUCACCAUGGCCGGCAUCCACACACCGUACAGCGGGAGCGAGGACAAAACACUGUCGCCACAGUUUCAUGAGGACGCUCUGACCCUGCCUCGCCAGAGGAGGAGGAGGAGGAGGAAGAUCGAGAUCGAGGCGGAGCGAGCCACUAAGAGACGUAACCUGAUGGAGAUGGUGGCUCAGCUGAGAGAGAGCCACUCUGCCACGGACACCCAGAGCCAGGCCAUAGACCUCACCAAGGGUAUGCACCAUCAUCAUAAGGCUGCUCCCUCAUUGGCCGGCUUUCCCAGCGCCCUGGCGACAAGCCCCUCCCUCAAAGCCCAGAUGGAGUUGCUGCUGCAAGCCCCGCCCUCUGCGCACAGAGCCAAUGGUUCACUGGAGGCUGACCUGCCAAUCAUGAGGAGGAGGCGGGGCCGCAGGAAAAAUGUUGAAGGCCUGGAGCUGCUGUUCAUGGGCAACAAGAGAGCAGGAGGGGAUGAUGGUGAUGGGACGAAGGCUUCAGGUGUGGAGGGGCUUCAGGAUGCUGCCCGUGCCCACAGACCCCUCCCCGUCCCAGAGCAGAGCCCCAGUGCCAGGUCUCUGGCCUCUGGCAGUAUGGAGGAGGAGGAGGCUGCCGUCUCCAACAAAGAGCUGGGGGAGUGGCUGAGGCAGCACCCCACCUACACCAUGGACAUGGCUGCUUUCACACCAAAGAGCGAGGAUGUACUGCUGUCUCAGUUUUCUAAGCCCAAGCAGAAACGCCAUCGCUGUCGAAACCCAAACAAGAUCGACAUCAACACCCUGACUGGAGAGGAGAGGGUGCCUGUGGUGAACAGACGCAACGGACGCAAGAUGGGCGGGGCCAUGGCUCCACCAAUGAAGGAGCUUCCCCGAUGGUUACUGGAGAACACAGAGUAUUCCAUCGCCCCUGAUUGGACAGACAUCGUGAAACAGUCGGGUUUCCUCCCAGAAGCCAUGUUUGACCGUCUCCUGACCGGCCCUGUGGUCAGAGAGGAGGGCGUCCGCCGCAGAGGAAGAAGACCCAAAUCUGAGAUCGCCAAGGCAGCUGCAGCCGCUCAGGCUGCGGCUGCAGCUCAGGCUGCACAGGUCUCUCUGCUGUCUGCUGCUUCAUCUGCAGGAGGCAUCAACCCUCUGCUGCUGAGCAGUCUGUUUGGGGGCAUGGACCUGUCCUCCCUGCAGAGCCUGCAGUCUCUUCAGCUGGCUGCCGGGCUGAUGGGCUUCCCCCACCCCUCGGACCCCAAGCAGGCGGCUGCCAGCGCCGCCGCCUCCAUGCUGCCCCUCAUGCUGCCCGGGAUGGGGGGCCUGCCCAACAUGGCCGCCCUCCCUAACAUGUUCAGCCUGGGCGGGCUGUUUGGCGGGAACCUGGCCACGGUGGCAGCUGUCGCCGCUGCAUCCAGCCCCCGCGCUGCGACGUCCCAGAACAGCAACGGAACCAUGCAGGGUGAGGGGGGGGACGGAGAGGGGGAAGACUAUGACGAGGAGGAGGCAGUGGAGGAGGUGGAGGCUAAUAGUGAGAGAGCCGCGAAGAAGGCGAGGAAGAGGAGGAGGCGGGAGCAGGCAGGAAGUGAUGUCACUGCUCAGACCCUCGCUGCUGACUCGUCAGUGGCCUCCAUCAAUGGGGACGCCGCCGCCUUGCUGGCUGCAGCGGGCAUGUCGGCCAGCUCUCUGGCCUUCAACCCCUUCCUGCUGUCCACCAUGGCCCCCGGCCUGCUCUACCCCUCCAUGUUCCUGCCUCCAGGCCUGGGGGGGCUCAGCCUACCGGGCUUCCCCUCCGCCUCCACCCUGGCCGAGCUGCAGAGCGCCAUGGCCGGAGCUCUGGGGGGCAACGCCCUGACCACAACCCUCCCCAGUAACCAGGAGAGGAAGGGGGGGCUUAAAGCUGCUGCAGAGGAGGAGGAGGAGGAGGAGGGGGAAGACAGUGACUUGGCUGAGGAGAAAGACGGAGCGGAGGAGGAGCUGAGAGGAGAAGAUUCAGCGCUGGAGGAUGUAGGGAUGGGGGAGGAGGAGGAGGAGGAAGAGGAGGAGGAGGAGGUGGGGGAGGCGGCAGGAGCGUCUCCACUGAAGGACAACAGUGACUGAAUAGCACAGUGAACCCCCCCCCCCCUCCCCCUGCCACGUUUACACGCCUCCACCAGAAAUAUCCAAACUGUUAUGAAUCCUGUUUUUUCUUUACAUUGUUGUUGAUGAUUUCUCACUGUUAUUAUUUUGACCAGGUGUAUGACUAUGCGUCAGAGUGGGGUGUGUGUGUGUGUGUUAAGUUAAACCUCUCUGAUGGAUCAUCAGGGAAAACCCUUCAGACCCUUCUCUGCCCUCAGACUUCCCAUGUUCCAGCAGAGCUAUGAUUAUGAAUGAUUAUAUUAGUGUCGCUGCUGCUCUCAGACUUCACUGGUCGUUUUGCUUCCUUUAACGCCUGGACUGUUAAGUUGUUGUCGGCAGCAUCGCUUCACAUCGCAAAAAAAACGGCAUUACGUCUGACUGACAACGCUGCUGCGAGAGGAAUUGUGGGUAAUGGAGUUGGAACUGUUCUGUUUCAGAGCAGAGUUUUAAGUUCUCACAUAUCGGACCAGGUAGACUCUGAGGAGGCAGAGAAACCAGACUGGCCUAAACUCAGUCUCACACACUGACAUACUGAUCAUAAGCCUCACUCACACACACACUACCCCCACAGCUGUUUUCCUGUGUGUGUGUGCGUCACACUGAACCAAUACUGUUACCAGUCCCACACUGUCAGUCUCAGUCUUUCCACCGCCGCUCCUCUUCCUGUCUCUCGGUGGGAGGCAGCCUCACGAGGACUCUGUGAAUGGACGGGGGGGGGCGGCGGCCCCCGCAGGGAUGUGAUGUUUCAGGUUUCUUCUUUAAGGGGGCACAUGGUUGAAUUCUCCCGGUCGCUGCCACAUUAAAACCUUUUUGUUUUAGUUUUUUUUUUUUGUUCCUACAUUUCCCGGUAGAUUCAAAGUGCUGCUCCCUAGUGACCUUGUCUUGGAGACUUUCUGUAGUCACACACACUGACACCAGACCUGGCCUUACAGGACUGACACAUUCUCCACUGAGUUGGAGAUCCACACGUUUCUUUAUGAAGUUGAGCUCAGUUUAAAUACUUUAUAAAUGCAGGAGGUGCUUGAUUUGUUUCCAUUUCCCCAAGGCCAGUUCAAGUGUCGGAGAUAAAUCAAGCAACGCGAGUGGUUCACAUAUUUGAUGAUGCAUUCAAACACACUGUGGUCAUCUGAACAUUUGCUCUCACAGCCAGCCCAGCAGACAGACAGGAAGAGCCCGGGUCCACUUCCUGUUCGGUCUAAUGCUGAGACAGCAAUAACCAAGGCAGCUUUUGAAUGUUCCAACAUCACUCUCCCAACACACACACAAACACACACUAUAUGAAUAACCACAAGUGUCGUAUGAAUAGAAAAACUAAACUGUAAAUGAUGACAAAUACGUACUGCAAUCAAUUUUGUCUCACUCUGUUCCUGUUGAUGCACUGGUGUUAAAGAGUUAAAAUAAUCAGGUACCUUUAUUACUUAGCUACUUUUCUUGAAAAAUGGACUUUUUGUUACUUUUAGCCAGCAAGCUGAAGAGCAUUACCUCAAAAUUCUUAUCUAGCCUUGAAGUUUACAGACAUACCAUGUAAAUGUUUUUUUCUCUCUUUUGGUGUUUGUCUUUUGUGUUUUUUGUUUUUUGGAGACAUCAUGUAUGAUGAAUUGUAGCUAUGAUGCUUUUAAUAAAAGUUAAUCAUGAUAUUCGCCUAGGAAACCAAA